AAUGACAGUAGAUAAUUCAAGAUGCUCAAUUUGGAGCAGAGAGCAAGAUAUAGCAUUUGAAAAUGCAUUAGCAACUUAUCCUGAGGAUUGUGUAGAUAGGUGGGAGAAAAUUGCAGCUGAUGUUCAAGGGAAAACCUUACAAGAGAUUAAGAAUCAUUAUGAAAUUUUACUCGAUGAUGUGAGCCGGAUCGAGUCUGGUUAUGUUCCUUUGCCUUGCUACAAUUCUUCUUUUGACAGGUCUUUGUGCCAUGAUGGUGGUGGUGAAAGAACAGGCAAGAAGAGUGGGGUUUCAGGGAGGUUAAACAGUGAGUCAAAUGAUGGAGGUAAAUCUACUAAGUUGGAGCAGGACCGGCGGAAAGGGGUUGCUUGGACGGAGGAUGAGCACAGAUUGUUCCUUCUUGGACUGGAAAAAUAUGGGAAAGGUGAUUGGCGAAGCAUUUCAAGAAACUUUGUUGUGACAAGAACUCCUACGCAAGUGGCCAGUCAUGCCCAAAAAUAUUUCAUCCGUUUAAACUCGAUGAACAAGGAUAGAAGACGAACAAGUAUACAUGACAUUACUAGUGUUAACAACGGAGAUGUCUCAGUACCUCAAGUUCCAAUCACUGGCCAAACAAUUGGUUCUUCUGGAAAAUCCAACAAACAAUCUCCAACAGCACCAAUUGCUCCCAUUGGAGUUGGCAUAUAUGGAACAACGACCAUCGGACAACCAGUAACAGGACCACUUGUUAACGUAGUUGAUCAGAGGCAGAUUCAGGAUUUGGACAUUAUGGAUUCGAGUUUGGGAUUUUACUACAGCCAAUCUUGAUUUUCUGGGUACUUAUCUAGGUAACUUUGUAACACAUACAAAAUUCGAGCCAAAGCUACUACUGGCUUCGGAUGAAACCAUAAGUUCAGCACUACAUCCACCUCUGCAGAUGGUACAACAGUGAAUCUUUC